GUUCUUUUUGUGAAGCUGACUGGUUCGUAAUAAGUGACGUCCUUUGUUAUAAACUAAAAACAGUAUAAUAUUUUAUUGUACUUGUAAAAAAAAAAUAAAACAAUCAUUAAAUAAAAAUAAAAUAACAUUGUUUAUAAAUAUUAUAAAUAAUAAGUCGGUAAAUCCAUUACGUAAAUUUAGUGUCCUGAAAAACGUUAUAUUAGUUUGGACGACAUUUUGAUUAGUUUUUUCCAAUGAAAAUGAUCAAAAUUUUUAUAGUGUUUAAUACAGUUUUGUGCUUUGGAAAUUGCAACAUUUAUAAAGAGCUACCGUCAAUUUUUUUCAUCGACAAUUACGAAAAAUGUCAAUCGGAAGGUAAAAUUUUUUGUAAAACGACAAUUAAUUUGAAACCUACGGGUGAAAAUACGUCUCGUUAUUGGAAAUUGAUACAGCAUUCAAUCGAUAACGAUCAAGCUUAUAAUCACGAUGAAUUAUUCCACGCUGUAUGUACGAAUCGAACGGAAAUCGGGGUGGAACGAACCAUUUCCGAGCGUUAUCGUGAAAAUUUCAAAAAUUUCGGACUCAACGCCGUCAUUAAACGAUUAAAUUGUGGUUAUGUUAGUGACGUGAAUCAAGCGGAUCUAUUCGAUUGGUUGUGGUUGUUAUUCUGCACGUCAUAUAUCAUUUACAUACUCAUAGCGACCUAUUGGGAUGCGAAAAAUGAAGAAACCUCAAUUCUGAGUCAUAAUUUCGGUACUUAUCUGAGACAAUUUUCUUUGGUGAGAAAUUUUAAAAAAUUCAAAAACAUCCCCUCCAGCGAAGAUUUUCAAAAACUGAAAAGCAUCCAAGGGAUCAGAUUCUACAAUAUGUUGUUGAUCAUAUUCUGUCAUACUUUUUCCAGUUACAUUGGAGGUUAUGUGGACAACACGGAUUACAUCGAAAACAUUCCGGAUAAUACCGUUCGACACGGUAUACGUAAUCUUCUAGUAUAUCUAGUACAAACUUUUUUUCUAUUUUCCGCUUUCCUGAUGUCUUAUCACUUUUUCCAAAUCGUGCAGAACAGAGAAAACGACGGGCACAAACCGAGAAUCAUUUAUCUGUCUUUCGUUAAUAGAUAUUUAAGAUUAGUACCAUUAAUAAUCGUAAUGAUAGGUAUGGGGGGUACAAUAUGGAUAUUGAACAUAUUCAAAGGCCCUUUCAAAGAUGCAUACGCAGACGCCGAAUACAUCAGAUGCAGAAAGAACUGGUGGUCGACUUUAUCAUUCAUACACAAUCAUCACAAUUACCACGAAAGUUGUUUUUUCACGACCUGGUAUCUAGCGGCCGAUACGCAACUGUACGUUUUAUCGUUAUCCAUAAUGGGGGCGGCUUGGAUAUAUAGAAAAAACGUCAAAUAUUACUUAGGGUAUUUUUUCAUAUUAGGGGUACUAAUACCCUCUAUUGUAACAUACGUUUACGAUUUAGAUUUUAUUUUUCGUAUCAACCCCGAAAAUUCGAAAAUGGAUAACUUCAGAUCGUUCAAAUUUAACGCGAUGUAUUCGUCCACGUAUUGCAACAUGGCGACUUAUAUGUUAGGAUUAACUUGCGGUUACGCCUAUUUACAUUUAAAAAACGUCGAAAUCCCAUCGAAAACGGUGACGGAAUUUUUGUGGUUUACGUCGUUUUUCGGUUUACCAGUACUGGUUUUAGGAAUUUCGUCGUAUCAUUUUUCAAGAUUGACUAACGCCCUUUUGAGCGGUAUAUUAAAACCGAUUUACGCUCUCGGUAUUGGUAUAGGGGUGUUCGGAAUAUCGAAAGGACUCGGAGGUUUGACAAAAAAAAUAUGCGAAUGGAAACCGGCGGUACUGCUAGGAAAAUUGACUUACAGUACAUAUAUAGUUCAUUACGGUAUAGUUUUCCAUAGAACUGCAGUUACUACUAAACCUUUAUACAUAUCAGAUUACGUAUUGCUAAAAUCGUUCAUAGGGGACGCCACAAUCUCGUUUUUCUUCGGAUUUCUUGUGUAUCUGGUAUUCGAAACGCCUGCUUCGAAUAUGCAAAAUUUACUUGUACCCCAAGUAAGACAUCAAAGAGCCAAAACGGAAGUUUCGAAGGACAAAUAGGGGUGGAACUAAAUGAAUAUUGUUCACAAUCGAAUUUUUUUGAUUAAAUAUGUUGAAAAUCUC